UAACAAACCAGAUGUAUUUUGGUGUUGUUGCUGGCUGCAUUUAAUUUCUCAGACUGCAAGUGAAAAUAAAUAAAACAAUAAAAAGACGGGACAUUCCGCGGCCACGCAGCCAAAUAGCAGCCAAGCAGCACGUGCCUCGAGUGCCGAAAAUAGAGCCGUGGGAAAGGCGGGGAAAAGCGCUUUUCUCUCGCGAGUGACGCGCUUGACAUUGAACAACAUUCGCGUACGCGUCGGCGAGCAAAAAAUAAAACUAGGAAAUAAUCAUCCACAAACACCAAGAAAAGCCAGCCAGCACGUAUCAGCUGUUGGCCAAGUGCGUGUGCGGCUGCAGAGAAUCAUCAUUAUUAAUUGUGCCACAGUCGCGGAAAGGUGCUCCACCUCCUCCACAUUCCCCCUGCCGAGGCUGCUGCUGCUGCUGCUGUUGAUUUUUCCGAGCUUUUCCGGGCAGCGAAAACUGGAAAUUGCAAGCAAUCGAGAGAGCGAGCAGAGCAUUUACUACGUGUUGUGUAAUCAUAGCCAGAAAUAAGGAAAAAUGAGCGCCACGCAGGUCCAGGAGCCACCGAAAAAGGCGGCGGCGGCCUCGAAUGCCAUCAAGUUUCUGUUCGGCGGUCUGUCGGGCAUGGGAGCCACCAUGGUGGUGCAGCCGCUCGAUUUGGUGAAAACCCGCAUGCAAAUCUCUGGAGCCGGCAGUGGCAAGAAGGAGUUCCGUAACUCUUUCCACUGCAUCCAGACCGUUGUGAGCAAGGAGGGUCCGCUGGCUCUGUACCAGGGCAUUGGAGCUGCCUUGCUUAGGCAGGCCACCUACACCACCGGCCGACUGGGCAUGUACACCUACCUGAACGAUCAGUUCAGGGAGCGAUUCCAACGCAACCCCGGCAUCACGGACAGCAUGGCCAUGGGCACGAUUGCCGGCGCCUGCGGUGCCUUCAUCGGAACGCCCGCGGAGGUGGCCCUUGUCCGCAUGACCUCCGAUGGCAGGCUGCCGGUGGCAGAGCGCAGGAACUACACGAAUGUGGCCAAUGCAUUGACCAGGAUCACCAAGGAGGAGGGCCUCACCGCCCUGUGGAGAGGCAGUCUCCCCACUGUAGGCCGUGCCAUGGUGGUGAACAUGACCCAGCUGGCCAGUUACUCGCAGUUCAAGACCUACUUCCGCAACGGUCCCCUGAAGAUGGAGGAGGGCAUCAAGUUGCACUUCUGCGCCAGCAUGCUGAGCGGUCUUCUGACCACCAUGACAUCGAUGCCGCUGGACAUUGCCAAGACCCGUAUCCAGAACAUGAAGAUGGUGGACGGCAAGCCAGAGUACCGCGGCACCACCGACGUCCUGCUCCGUGUGGCCCGACAGGAGGGAGUCUUUGCCUUGUGGAAGGGCUUCACGCCGUACUACUGCCGCUUGGGACCGCACACUGUGCUGACCUUCAUCCUGCUGGAGCAGCUCAAUCAGGGCUACAACAAGUACGUUCUCGGUGUGGAGAAGAGCACGGGCAUCUAAGGAACGAUCGAAGAAUGAUCAAGGAUGAACGAUAGAGUGGGGAGUGAAGGAUCGAUGAACCAUGAACAAUCGAUGAACGAUGAACAAUGAACGAUGCGUGUAUAUAAAACGUUAAGUUUAAAACCAACGUUGGGCAUUUAAAUGUCGGCAAUUCCGGUGACAAUAUUACAUGAUUACGACUAUUAGCUUUGGAUGUUGAAACAGUUUUUUGUAGCGCCAUAAGUGUCAAGUGGAUUCUCAAUAAAGCACAAAAUGUUA